CGCGCGCUCGAGUCCGGAGACGUGCGCGACAAAUUUUUUCGCAUUGGCAAACUGGCGGUGACACGUGCCUCCUCCUAAUCACCACCCAGGUUCUCCCGUGCUGCAGUGACAUCAUUAGCGGUCACGAAAGAACAGUGCCAGCCACCGACCACUGAAAAGUUCAUCGAUUUAUCCUUUUUACGCACAGUCGGAAUAGAAACUCUUGUCUACCUGCGCGAGGUUUCCCAGAAUAAAAGAGAGAGAAGGGUUACACCAGGAUGCAGACAUCAAACGUCGACCUCUAAAUGUGACAUGAUCCACCGGAUUAUCAAACGCACAUCGCACUUUCACAGAGAAAACGGAAGGUAACGACUAAACCGAAGAAUACAACUAUUUCGCCGUGUUCCUUGGACCAUAACUCCAUAACUAAGAGUAUCAUAUAUACAAUUAUUCGCAAGAGUCCGAGUUUUGGAAAGUGCUCUAACCUUUACGAAAACAUGGCUACAUUAAUUCGAAGCAAGAUUUCGAACGCAGCUUCGACCGUUACUAAUAAAUCUCAGGCGAAGGUCAGUGGUCUCUUCGCCAGAAUGGGUUUCCAGGCUGCCACGGACGAAGAAGCAUUGGGAUUCGCAGCCUGUGACGAUCUGGACUAUGACCACAGGCAAGGACUGCAGAUGGACAUUAUAAAAAAUGAGGAAAUAGGAGAAACAGCCGGGGUCGAUAACGCGGGAGAUGGAAAUAUAGACGGUGAUAGUCACUACCAGAGAGAUGGCACAGGUCCUCCACCCUCUGUGGCAAAAGAUGGGGAUAUCUGUAGCGAGUUUGGCUCUUCAGACAAGCCGAAAAUCACUGCUUGGGAAGCAGGAUGGAACGUCACUAAUGCUAUCCAGGGAAUGUUUGUACUUGGGUUACCAUACGCCAUUCUCCACGGUGGAUAUCUUGGACUUUUUCUUAUAAUUUUCGCUGCCGUUGUAUGUUGUUACACGGGGAAAAUCCUUAUCUCUUGCCUCUAUGAAGAAAACGAAGACGGACAACUGGUGAGAGUGAGAGACUCGUAUGUUGACAUUGCCAAUGCUUGCUGUGCACCUAGAUUUCCGGCGCUAGGAGGUCACAUCGUGAAUGUAGCCCAGAUAAUUGAGCUCGUCAUGACUUGCAUCUUAUACGUCGUAGUGAGUGGAAACCUCAUGUAUAACAGCUUUCCAAACCUUCCUGUCUCCCAGAGAUCAUGGGCUAUUAUCGCCACCGUCGCGCUUCUGCCUUGCGCUUUUCUCAAAAACUUAAAAGCCGUUUCAAAGUUCAGCCUGCUCUGCACCCUCGCUCACUUCGUGAUCAACAUACUAGUGAUAGCCUACUGUCUGUCGAGAGCACGCGACUGGGCCUGGGAUAAGGUUAAAUUCUACAUCGACGUGAAGAAAUUUCCUAUAUCUAUUGGUAUCAUUGUCUUCAGCUAUACCUCGCAGAUCUUCUUACCAUCAUUGGAGGGUAACAUGCAGAAACCUAGCGAGUUCCACUGCAUGAUGAACUGGACUCAUAUUGCCGCAUGCAUUCUCAAAGGCCUAUUUGCUCUAGUGGCAUAUCUGACGUGGGCAGACGAAACCAAAGAAGUUAUCACAGACAACUUGCCCUCAGGAAUCAGGGCUGUUGUUAACAUCUUCCUGGUCUCUAAGGCUCUGCUAUCAUAUCCACUGCCGUUUUUCGCUGCUGUUGAGGUACUAGAGAAGUCUUUUUUUCAGGAUGGGCGGCGCGGGUUUUUUCCAGAUUGCUACGGAGGUGACGGACGCCUUAAAUCAUGGGGUCUGUCUCUGCGAUGUGGUCUUGUAGUGUUUACCAUGUUAAUGGCUAUAUACGUGCCGCACUUCGCAUUACUCAUGGGGUUAACAGGCAGCCUGACAGGCGCGGGCUUGUGUUUUCUCCUCCCUAGUCUAUUUCACCUCAAGCUGCUUUGGAGGAAAUUACUUUGGCACCAAGUCUUUUUCGAUGUCGCUAUAUUUGUUAUUGGAGGUAUAUGCAGUAUUUCUGGUUUCAUUCAUUCAAUGGAAGGUCUCAUUGAAGCGUUCAAAUACAACAUAGAAGAUUAGUAGCGAGACACACCAUCGCAUGUAUGGUGACGUCUCAGAAGAGAAGAGGCACCAAAAUCUAAACAAGUUGUUUAGAUUCUUUAAAUGUCGUCGUUUUCACUUAUGUUAAAGCGAAAAAUGUCAAGCAAAACCAAUACACAUGCAAGCCCCCAAAAUAUAUAAAAUAUACACACUGACAUUAUAAUAACUCAAAUAGCGCAUACCCCUUACAUACACAUAUGCACGUGUGUGUGUGUGUGUGUGUGUGUGUGUGUGUGUGUGUGUGUGUGUGUGUGUGUGUGUGUGUGUGUGUGUGUGUGUGAGAGAGAGAGAGAGAGAGAGAGAGAGAGAGAGAGAGAGAGAGAGAGAGAGAGCGCGCAAUCAUAAUAAAGAUGCAUUUACAUAUAUAUUUUUUCGGUAAGUCAGCCAAAAUUGUACAGAAUAUAUCGAAGAGAGAAUUGUAUAUUUCACAACCCAGCAUUUCGAACAAGGGAUAAGAUUUAUAUGUGUACGUUUCUGAUGCAUUAACUGCUCGACGUUCAUUUAAAUACUACUAUACUACUACUACUAAAAUACUAUUAAAACUACUAACUACUACUACUACUACUACUACUACUACUACUAAUAAUAAUAAUAAUAAUAAUAAUAAUAAUAAUAAUAAUAAUGAUGAUGAUACUUAUAAUAAUAAACAACUAUUUGGAGAAAAAAAUAAAAUAUUUUAAAUUCUAUGGUCGCUAUUCCCUCUGUUCAUGAUAAUAAUUAUAUUAAUAAAUUAAGAUAAGAAAAUAGGGCUGCGUACAUACAGGACUACUAUAGCUAUGCAUUCUAAAUGUAUUACGUUUCAUGCAGCAUUAAAUAUAUUUUGAGGAAUCGUAACAGCAGAAGGAAUCUUCCGCACCAGAAAAUGUACACAUUCGGAUGUUACAGAACAAUGAUGCACAAAAUACACAAUACAUAACAGAAAGAAAGAAAGAAAGAAAGAAAGAAAGAAAGAAAGAAAGAAAGAAAGAAAGAAAGAAAGAAAGAAAAGGAAUAUUUCAGUUGGCAUAAAAUUAGUGGGGGAUGUUUGAAUACCGUAUACACAACAUCUAAUAUCGAAUAGCCUAUAAUUUUAUUAUUGUUUACCCUGUCUAUCAGAUGAUGUGGUAUUAAGGCUAAUACCGACAUUUUCAAUGAUAUUGAAAGUAAUACGUGUACGAAUCUAUAUUAAAAAAAGAAUAGACUUACGUGAGACAUUUUUCAUUUUGUCAGAUCUGAUGGUUUCUGUGAAAAUGUAAUAAACCGUAAUGUAUACUGUUAUUGUGGUUCUUACCUUACGAAGAUGGAAUGUACUUCACAAAGUCGUUAUAAUAUAUCGUGAUCAAUAAAGAAAUAAACACGAUAACAUUGUGUAGCUGUGCUUGUCCUUCUGUA